GUUUGGAGGUUAUAACUUGUGAUCUAUUGUGCCAACUUUCUUAUUCUAAUUUAUUGACGGAAUACUCUCCUUUCAAUAACACUGUACAUGUGAUUGAUCAGUUUGGAGAAGUGUGAUGCAUAGGAGGUAGAUCACGUGUUUUUAAAAGUCCAAGGUGAGGUAAAGGGACACUAAGUUCAAUCAUGUCCUUAAAAGGGAAAGUUUGUGUGGUGACGGGAGCUAGUCGUGGGAUCGGGAGAGGUAUCGCGCUACAAUUGGGCCAAGCUGGGGCUACAGUAUAUAUCACGGGUAGAACUCUCCAAAGUUCCGGUGACGUCAUAGGCUCACUAACAGAUACGGCCCGAGAGGUAGAAGAACGAGGAGGUCAGUGUAUCCCUCUCCAGUGUGACCACUCCAAUGAUGAAGAUAUUAAAAAGCUGUUCCAGACAAUUGAUAAACAACAGGAUGGUCAGUUGGACCUUCUGGUCAACAACGCAUACUCCGCAGUGAAGAUGAUAUCUGAAAACAGGGGCACACCGUUCUGGGAACAACCCAUGACAAUGUGGGACACUGUUAAUGAUGUCGGACUGAGGAAUCACUACAUAUGUUCUAUCCAUGCAGCCCGAAUGAUGGUACCUCGUCGAUCUGGACUGAUAGUCAAUAUAUCGUCUGGGGGUGGACUUAGAUACCUGUUUAACAUACCUUAUGGUGUGGGUAAAGAGGCUUGUGACAGAAUGGCAGCGGACUGUGCUGUUGAGUUGAAGCGUCAUAAUGUGGCUUUUGUGAGUGUGUGGCCGGGAGCUGUGCGUACAGAGGUUAUCAACCAACUGUCUCAAUCACGCAAUCGAGACAAGGGAAAGGACUCUGGAAUUAACUUCGAUGAAGGUGAAACCACUGAAUACGCCGGCAAAGCCAUUGUCAAUUUAUUAACAGAUAAAAACCUUGUGAACAAGAAGUCAGGUAAAAUCCUUCUGACAAGUGACUUGGCUUACGAGUACGGAUUUAAAGACAUUGACGGCCGUCAGCCACCUUCAAUUCGCCAGCUUAGUUUUCUGCUGGGUCAGAAUCCCAAAACUGCAUGGAUGGCUAAUUGGACUCCGGGAUUUGUUUAUGUUCCAAAAUGGUUGUUAGCGCAAGGAGGCAAUAAAUUUUAAUUCGAUACGAGUACCUUCAUUUGCUGAGCCAGACUGGAAAAGGUCGAUUGAUUCUCAAGUCAACUAUCACACACCGACGUCAAUGGUGUACAUAAUGCUAUAGCAUCUUGGUGUUGUUAGGUGCACUUGCACGUCAUGACCAGUGUCCAUGUGUUUUGUGAAUUUGCACGGAUGGCAAACAUUGAUUUGUUUCAAAAACGAUGGAUUGUGGAUUUCAGAGAGUAGAUUUUUGUAAUAUCUUUAUAUGCUAAAAAUACAACGCAUUACGGAGAAGUCUAUGUGUAUCAUGAUAAGAUAUA